AGUCCUUAACGCAAUGAUGGGAGACCAUCACCAUCACCAUCACCAUCAUAGUUUAAUGCAAGACAGUGGAUUGAAGAAAGCGGAAGACCUCAGCAGUCUCCUGCCCGGAAGUUUGACGUCACAGAGUCCUGUGACUUCCGGCGACUCGGACAAACUGAUCAAACAGAAGCGGCACCGGACCCGCUUCACCCCCGGGCAGCUGAACGAGCUAGAGCGGAGCUUCACCAAGACGCACUACCCGGACAUCUUCAUGAGGGAGGAGCUGGCCCUGCGCAUUGGUCUGACGGAGUCGCGAGUUCAGGUUUGGUUCCAGAACCGCCGGGCCAAAUGGAAGAAGCGAAAGAAGGCCACCAACGUGUUCCGUAGCCCCGGGGCCCUCCUCCCCUCCACCGGCCUUAACCCCUUCGGCAGCAUGGGCGAUGCGUUUUGUGGGUUCCCAUCUUCAGAUGGCCGGUGGCCGUCCAUGGCCCAGAUGAACACCAACAUGAACCCGUUGGCCCUGUCGGCUGCCAGCCUGGGGCCUAGACAAAGCAUCCAGACGAGCAUGUCCAUGAACUCUCUCGGCAACCAUUCCAGCCCCAUGAGCUUCGGCAACAGUCUGGGCAUGGGCAACGGGAGUCCGCCGUCUGCCUACAGCACGGGCUACUCCAUGGUGCCCCCGUCCUGCGGGUCUGGGGGAGGCGGGGGCGGGCUGUCCGGCAACUCCCCGUCCCCCACCCUGACGUCAUCAGGCCUGCAGUGUGGACUGUCGGAGGUGGAGGAGUCGUGGCGUGGCUCCAGCAUCGCGGCGCUGAGGAGAAAGGCCAUGGAGCACACAGUCAACAUCGGAGGGUACCGGUGAACGUCGGCCCUCGUCAUGGGCAGCUCUU